AUGCAUGAGUUACUGAUUGGUGUUAACAAAAAGGGAAAGCCAGCACAAGGAUUAAUGUGGGAAAUCGCCAAAAAGUACGAUGUUCACUGGAAGACCGUAAGUAGAAUUUGGGCUAAAGUUAAAACUCAGAAAAAGGAGGGGGCCACAUUGGAUGCAAGUAGCAAAAAGUUUGGCAGAAACAACAGGACAAUAAUACCAUUUGAUGAAAGCAAAUUCCAAGCCUUAGAAAAGGCCAAAAAGACAAGUCAACAAGCAGUUGCAAUAGCCAUGGGUGUUAGCCAAUCAACUGUAUGGAGAUGGAAGAAAAAGAAACACAUACGCAAGCAUACAAAUGCAAUCAAGCCACUGUUAACCGACACUAACAAGAAUGACAGGUUAUUCUUUUGUAUUUCUAGUUGCAGUUACGAUGAACAGAUAAAUGCUUUCAAAUUCAGUGACAUGUCUAACAUAGUUCACAUAGAUGAAAAAUUAUUCUACCUCACUAGAACACAACAAACGUACUAUCUUACCCCAAGAGAACCUGAGCCGCAUAGGGAAUUACAGUCAAAAAGAUUCGUUCCCAAAAUUACGUUCAUGUGUGUAGUUGCUAAACCGAUGUAUUCUAGUGAAGGUCAACUAAUAUUUGAUGGAAAGAUAGGUAUCUUUCCUUUUACAGCUCAAGUGCUAGCACUAAGAAGUUCCAAAACAGGAAGAGAGGGGAAGUAA